GAGAGUACUCUGAACGUGGAUCAUAUUAUCCAUUUAGACACGUGUCCAAAACUAACAGACGUUUUCUGAAAUUCAGCAAGGAAAGCCUUGGCAUAAAGAAAAGGCAACAACUCAUUCAGAUACACACAACCAUUCUGUGUGCUACAGCACUGGAGCUUUCAGUUUAAUUCUGUAUCAUGGAGUUGAGUGAGCACAGCAUUUCCAUGAAACUCUUUGCCCUCUUUCUGGCACUGACUCCAUGGCUAGUAAGUGGUCAUCCUCAGUGCCUGGACUACAAGCCCCCAUUCCAGCCUUCUGAGCCAUUGUCCUUCUGUACUGACUAUUCUGCUUUUGGCUGCUGUGAUUCCCACAUAGACAAGCUAAUUGCACGGAGGUUUUAUUACAUCAUGGAUUACUUUGACCAGUCUGCUGUAAGGAUUUGUGGAAAGUACAUCAAAAACAUUAUCUGUCAGGAGUGUUCACCAUAUGCUGCCCACCUUUAUGAUGCAGAGGAUGCCAAUACACCCAUGCGCCAGUUGCCAGGACUCUGUGGUAACUACUGCACUGAAUUCUGGACACAGUGUCGAUCUGCACUUAGUAUUAUUAGCGGAGAUAUAAAACACAUAGAAAUUGAGUCAGAUCGGGACAAAUUCUGUAAAUUUCUGGUACUUAAUGAUCCUGACUACUGCUACCCCAAUGUGGUGUCUAACACUAGAUUAAACAGUAAUCUAGGUACAGUCCAAGAAGAUACUGAGGGCUGCCUUCAGCUAUGUCUACAAGAAGUUGCUAAUGGCCUGAGGAAUCCAGUUGCAAUAGUGCAUGCAAAUGAUGGGACCCACCGCCUUUUCAUUGCAGAACAACUGGGUUAUGUGUGGGUGUACCUGCAUAAUGGAUCGAGGUUGGAAAAACCUUUUUUAAAUGUCUCACGAUCUGUAUUGACUUCACCUUGGAUAGGAGAUGAGCGUGGAUUCUUGGGAAUUGCCUUUCAUCCAAGAUACAAGCAUAAUGGAAAAUUUUAUGUUUAUUAUUCAGUGUUAAUUAAGAAAGAUGAAAGAAUAAGGAUUUCUGAAUAUCGAGUUACAGACAGUGAUAUGAACUUGGCAGAUGCAACUUCUGAAAGGAUCAUUUUAGAGAUUCCAGAGCCAGCGUCCAAUCACAAUGGAGGGCAGCUGCUCUUUGGAUAUGAUGGCUACCUGUAUAUCUUUACAGGGGAUGGAGGGAUGGGAGGGGAUCCAUUCGGGACCUUUGGAAAUGCUCAGAAUAAGUCUUCCUUGCUGGGCAAAGUUCUGCGUAUUGAUGUGGAAGACAAUGAUGAUGCCCCACCUUACCGUAUACCUGCUGACAACCCCUUUGUAAAAGAACCCAAAGCUCAACCAGAAGUCUAUGCAUAUGGCAUCCGCAACAUAUGGCGAUGUUCCAUUGACCGGGGUGAUCCCAAGACCAAGAAGGGACGUGGGCGAAUGUUCUGUGGAGAUGUGGGCCAGAACAGAUUUGAGGAAGUGGACAUUAUAGAAAAGGGAGGCAAUUAUGGAUGGAGAGCAAAGGAAGGCUUCUCGUGCUAUGAUAAGAAGCUGUGCCUUAAUUCUUCACUGAAUGAUAUCUUGCCUAUUUUUGCCUAUCCUUAUGAUGUUGGGAGAUCAGUUACUGGGGGCUACAUUUACAGAGGUUGUGAGAUGCCAAAUUUAAAUGGACUGUACAUAUUUGGAGACUUUAUGAGUGGUCGUUUGAUGUCUCUUAAAGAAGAUGAGAGCACAGCAAAAUGGCAAUACAAUGAGAUAUGCAUGGGUCGUGAUAAUAUUUGUAACUUUCCCAGAAUCAUCAACACCUAUCUGAGGUACAUCAUCUCCUUUGGUGAAGACGAGGCAGGUGAAUUGUACUUUGUAGCCACAGGAAACCCAAGUGCAGCCAUACCUGCAGGUGCCAUGUAUAAAAUAACAGAUCCCUCAAGGAGAGCACCACCUGGAAAGUGUCAUUUUGUUCCAGAGCAUGUCACUGUGAAAGGGAGACUCGUUCACUACCAGCCAUGGAGAAGACUUUUGCGUCCCAGAACUACUACAAAACCUCCAACUACAACCCAUGUUCCUUCAACUAGUACAGUACCUGGCAUCAGUAAAAGAAUACAGCAUACUACAUUUUCUCCAUUGAGGACCCAUCCAUUUACUCCAACUAAUAAAGUCACAAGCACUGGUACAAGACAUAACAGUGUUAUUACAACAUUGAAUAUGCCAGUGACCAGGAUGAUAGCAACUGAAAAGCCAUUCACGAGAAAAGAUAAGCAGUUCUCAUCGGUCACAGCUUUAACUGCCACAGCUACUAAGGUACUGGUCACACAUAUUCCUACUAUGAGAAAAGAAGGGAAAGCUGAUUCCACCACAAGUUUAAGAACACCACCCCCCACUUCAGACUUAAGGACACCUUCAACCAUGAGAAUGGUUACUCAGUUAUCCAGCAAGAAGGAAAAUAAAUUUUACACUGCUACUACUACUCAGACUACUUUAAGGCCACGGCCAACCACUCCCAACUGGUAUCAGCCAUAUGUCGAUAAACUGGAGUCAGAUGUACAAGGAGUCGCUAAGGCUGAUGCCACUACUAAAACACCACCUAAAACUGAGCAGCAAAAUGUUACUCUGCAAAAAGUUAAAUCUAAAAAUAACAAUCAUAAGAACACAAAUCACAGAUCGAAAGGCAAAGAGAAUGGGCAAACAUUAACAGAGACUGUAGGGAAAACAAGAAAAUUACGCCAUGGCACAGUGCGCCUUAUAAAUGCUGAAAAACUCUCUGAUCGAGGGAGAGUUGAGAUUUUUAUCAGAGGAGAAUGGGGGACAGUUUGUGACGAUUACUUUAACAUUAAAGCAGCUACAGUUGUUUGUCGGCAGCUGGGAUAUUCUGUUGCUCUCAAAGUGGCCAAGAGGGCAGAAUUUGGAGAAGGAAGUGAUCUUAAUAUCCUAUUAGAUGAUGUGAAGUGUACUGGAACUGAGAAAACUCUGCUGGACUGUCAGCGAGUAAAAAUUGGCAAACAUAACUGUACCCAUAAAGAGGAUGUAGGGGUCAUAUGUGGGAAUGAGCAGAAGUAAUGUAUUUAAUUGCCUUUCACUGACAUUUAUUGAAGAAUUGUUUUAUUUUUUUUCCCUUUGGUAUACCAAAUGUGGUAAUCAAACAUUUUUACUGAUUUGCUCUACACAUUUGCAUUUGAAAAAUAUGCCUGGAUUGCACAGUCCUGAAUUCCUUUCUACUCAAUCUGGUUAACUACAUCAACAAAUGAGUACAAUGAUACUUUAUCAGAUUUGUUAAUUCAUGCUCGCCAAAAUUUAUCUUAUCAGAUAACUCCUGUUUUCUUUCUGUUUUCAGCUUAUCUGUGACUGGAAUGAAAAGUGUUAAGAUAGUAUAAGUGAUAAUAUGUAACAAAGGGAUGCAUACCUAUGAAUAACUGGUUAAUGGCAUCAUUUAGGAGAAAACUAGUUUGAACAAUGUUAUUUCAUACAAUGACAUUGGCUGAAGGAAACUUUUGUAGAGCUAUCAUACUCUCAAGAAAAUUUUUGAUUUUUAAUUUUCUUUUUGCUAUCUGCUACCUACUCAUUUGAAUGCGUAAACUUUAAAAUGAGUUCUUCAUUUAUUUAAUCCAAAUACAACAAUGAAGAAAUUAAUACAAUAUAAUUCAUAGAUUAGUACUAAGCUAACUGCCCUUAUGAGCCAUUUUAAGCCUAGCUAAAUUAUCCCUUGUGAGACUCCAACCCUACACCUUGUGUUUGUAAGGCAAACACCUUAACCAUUAGGCCACCCUCCCAGCCCUAAAAAGCUUCACUUGCAUCAAGAUUAUAUCACUCCAGAUGGGACUCGAACCUACAGUCCCUAGCUUAGGAGGCCAAUGCCUUAUCUGUUAGGCCACUGGGGCCUUAUUAAAUUAGAUUAUUUUCUUCAAUACAGUGGAGAUAAAACAGUUUAGAAAUUAAAGGUUUGGAGGAACUGCCCAGGUAUCUAAUAUGGAGCAUGCUGCAUGCAUACAAUAUCUAAUUUCACCUACAGUAACCUCUAGGACCUCUAGGACCAUGGUCUAUACAGUCAAAAUUCUACAUUAUAAGACAGUUGUGGUGGCUUAGAGGGCUAAAGCCCUGACUACAGCCAAGGCAACCUCAGUUUAACAAGUGACUCUAGCAGCUGACAGGGCUGACAGGGAGGGUGGUGUAUCCAUCCUAGGAGUUGGGUGGGGGUCUUUUGCAAACCUGGGGAUAGGUGUCUGGUAUACCAAGUUGUUGUAUGGCAGUAGCCUUCACUGAGCAAGCACAUGGGAACAUGCAGUUGUAUAGGGAAAGAUAGAAUGACCCCCCCUCAAAUGGUAGUUCAGGUCACAUGUACCCCCAACCCAGGAAUUGUUCUCGUAGCCAGGAUGCUAUUGAAAGCACAAGUAACCCUCAUGGCUGCCUAAAUUAUGCUGUUUCUGGACAACUCUCACCCUUACGGUUUUGGGUAUGACUCCCCUCCAGUAGGAAAUGAUUGUAUCCAAGUCCUAUUGGGGAAGGUUUGAUAACUAGCACACAGAGAGGCAAAAACAAGCCAUGAAAAAAAUAUUUGAUCCCACGUUUGUGCUGCCUUUGAGGUAUGUGAAGGAAAGAACUAAUAAUAAAACAAGACUUCCUCAUGUAGUUAGUAAAACUGUAAAAUAUAUAUAAAACUCUUCACUCAUUUUCUUCGGGGCUGAGACCAUAACUGCUGUAUAUUAAUGGGCAGCUAUGCCUACAAAUAGUUUUAUUAGUCUAAAUUUAACACUGUAUUACAAUAAAGGUUAGAUGUAUAUCACAAUAACUCUCUUUUCUGAUCAUGUAUUAUAUUAAAUACAUACCUGUGCAAACAUUAAGAGAUGCUAGAAGCACCACAACUGAGCACAGUUUGUUUCAUGAAACUCUUCUUUUGGCAAAACUUGACCAUACAGCUCACCUCUGUUUACUCCUCUUUGUUAAUAUGAUGUGACCUUGGAGUCUGUUUAUUUCAAUCAAAGGGUUGUGCAGGAUAACACUCUCUGUAAGACUCAUAACAGGGAAUGCCCAAUGGAAAAAAAAAAAGGACUUUACUGGAUGUGGUUUCACCAAAAUAAGCAUUCAAACUGAUUUUGAUCACUCUUAGUGAAACCAGAAAUGUUACCUCCUCCCAAAGUACUGUACAUUGCCUACCAAUAUCAAUAUAUGUAAGGUAUAAUCAACCCCAAGCUACAUCAUUUUUGACUUCCAUGAUGUCAGUGAAGUCAAUUACUUAUCAGUGGUAGUCGCUAGAGUUAACUCUGUUUAUAGUAGUUAUGUGUGUGUUGUGUUUGGGUAAAGCAGAUAAACAUGCUUCUUUCUAUACCCAUUAGAAAUGCAUGGGAAUGGAUGUUAUUUAUUACUGCUCAAGCAUUAGAGGGCUGAAACAGGUCUGACUUUAACAAGCUGCAAGAAGAAGUUAAGUUGUCUACCUCAAGUCCUCCUCAAAUUCAGCAAAUCAAAGUUAUUUCCUCUCUGCAAUAUUGACUCAGUUUCAUCAUUUUUAGAUACUUUGAAAUGAAUGUCCAUUUAUUGUAUAACUGUCCUUGUCGGUGAACAGUCAGUGCAUGACAGAGUUUGGUACAUAGUCAACAACUUAGGCAGACUGCUGACAUACAGAACUUUCUCUAAAAAUAUUAACAUUUUGGGGGAGAGAUGUCAGGUUAUACAUCUUUUGUCCAGCAGGCGAUUGUAAUGGAUGUUACCUUUGUCAAACUUGAAAACUAGAUUCCUUAAUAUUCUCCCUUUGUUUGAGUCCAUAAUAUGUACAAGUUUCCGUUAUCAAUUAUGCAGCUGAAAAGAAAUAGAAGUGGUAUGUGUAGGGUUUCUGUAACAUCUUCCUCCACGGAUUCAACGGUCUCAAAUCAGGUUUUAAGUACUUCACCUUAAGGCAGACCAUUCUGUUUCUUAUUAGACUUCCUUAAUAGCUUCAUGAUAAAAUGCAAGAUAUGACUUUACUUGGAGUACAAAUAAACUAAACAAGUCAGCAUAUUCAUCAGGUCAGUCUUCCAUGCGUGAAUGGGUGUGCCUUCUUUGAAGGU